UGGAGUGUAGUUCGGGAAAAGGGAGGGGGUCAGACCCUAGUGAUAGUAGUUAGUAACAAAACGCAAAUAAACAAUCUCUUAGGGCAGUAAACAACGUGGGUCCUUGGGAACUCGCCAUCGGAGACAUUCCGGUCGCCAUUGGGGGCUUGGAGAGAGUCUCGGUGGCAAUUUUUACCUGUUCCUUCUUACAAAGCGGCGUGCCGAGGGAGGACGCGUCUCUUUGAAUAGACAGGAUGCACGGACCGCCCUCCGGCGACAGCGCAUGCCCAUUGCGCCUCAUCAGGAGAGUGCAAUUCGGCAUCAUCAGCCCAGAUGAGCUUAAACGGAUGUCUGUCACAGAAGGGGGUAUCAAGUACCCCGAAACCACAGAAGGAGGGCGCCCCAAACUUGGGGGACUCAUGGAUCCACGGCAAGGGGUCAUCGAGAGGUCGGGCAGAUGCCAGACAUGUGCAGGUAACAUGACGGAAUGCCCAGGCCACUUCGGCCACAUCGAGCUGGCCAAGCCUGUCUUUCACGUGGGCUUCAUCACCAAGAUCAUGAAGGUGCUCCGCUGUGUCUGCUUCUUCUGCUCCAAGCUGCUGGUGGACUCGAAUAACCCAAAGAUCAAGGACAUCCUGAUAAAGUCGAAGGGGCAGCCCCGGAAGCGCCUGACGCACGUCUACGACCUGUGCAAGGGCAAGAACAUCUGCGAGGGGGGCGAGGAGAUGGACAACAAGUUUGGCGUGGAGCAGGCCGAGACAGAGGAGGACAUCACCAAGGAGAAGGGCCACGGCGGCUGUGGGCGGUACCAGCCGCGGAUCCGGCGCUCGGGGCUGGAGCUGUACGCGGAGUGGAAGCACGUGAAUGAGGACUCCCAGGAGAAGAAGAUCCUGCUGAGCCCCGAGCGCGUGCACGAGAUCUUCAAGCGCAUCUCGGACGAGGAGGACAUCAUCCUGGGCAUGGACCCCAAGUACGCCCGGCCCGAGUGGAUGAUCGUCACCGUGCUGCCCGUGCCGCCGCUCGCCGUGCGGCCCGCCGUCGUCAUGCAGGGCUCUGCCCGUAACCAGGACGAUCUGACGCACAAGCUGGCUGACAUCGUGAAGAUCAACAACCAGCUGCGGCGGAACGAGCAGAGCGGCGCGGCGGCGCACGUCAUCGCCGAGGACGUCAAGCUGCUGCAGUUCCACGUGGCCACCAUGGUGGACAACGAGCUGCCAGGCCUGCCCAGGGCCAUGCAGAAAUCCGGCCGCCCCCUCAAAUCCAUCAAACAGCGGCUGAAGGGUAAGGAGGGCCGCGUCCGUGGCAACCUGAUGGGCAAGCGUGUGGACUUCUCGGCCCGUACCGUCAUCACUCCCGACCCCAACCUGCAGAUCGACCAGGUGGGCGUCCCGCGCUCCAUCGCCGCCAACAUGACCUUCCCUGAGAUCGUCACCCCCUUCAACAUCGACAGACUUCAGGAAUUGGUGCGGAGGGGGAACAGUCAGUACCCCGGGGCCAAGUACAUCAUCCGCGAUAACGGGGACCGCAUCGACCUGCGUUUCCACCCCAAACCCAGCGACUUGCACCUACAGAUCGGCUACAAGGUGGAGCGGCACAUGUGCGACGGUGACAUCAUCAUCUUCAACAGGCAGCCCACGCUGCACAAGAUGUCCAUGAUGGGGCACAGGGUCCGCAUCCUGCCCUGGUCCACCUUCCGACUCAACCUGAGUGUGACCACCCCCUACAACGCUGACUUCGACGGGGACGAGAUGAACCUGCACCUGCCACAGUCCCUGGAGACGCGGGCGGAGAUCCAGGAGCUGGCCAUGGUGCCCCGCAUGAUCGUCACGCCCCAGUCCAACCGGCCCGUCAUGGGCAUCGUGCAGGACACCCUCACCGCCGUGCGCAAGUUCACCAAGCGCGACGUCUUCCUGGAGCGGGGCGAGGUGAUGAACCUCCUCAUGUUCCUGUCCACUUGGGACGGCAAGGUCCCCCAGCCGGCCAUCCUGAAGCCCCGCCCGCUCUGGACCGGCAAGCAGAUCUUCAGCCUCAUCAUCCCAGGCCACAUCAACGUCAUCCGAACCCACAGCACCCACCCCGACGAGGAGGACAGCGGCCCCUACAAGCACAUCUCCCCCGGUGACACUAAGGUGAUUGUGGAGAACGGGGAGCUGAUCAUGGGCAUCCUCUGCAAGAAGUCCCUGGGCACGUCGGCUGGCUCCCUGGUGCACAUCUCCUACCUGGAGAUGGGCCACGACGUCACCCGCCUCUUCUACUCCAACAUCCAGACCGUGGUCAACAACUGGCUGCUCAUCGAGGGUCACUCCAUCGGUAUCGGGGACUCAAUCGCUGACUCAAAGACUUACCUGGACAUUCAGAACACCAUCAAGAAGGCCAAGCAGGAUGUGAUAGAGGUCAUUGAAAAAGCCCACAACAAUGAGCUGGAGCCCACGCCCGGCAACACCCUGCGGCAGACCUUCGAGAACCAGGUGAACCGCAUCCUGAACGAUGCCCGUGACAAGACCGGCUCCUCGGCCCAGAAGUCCCUGUCCGAGUACAACAACUUCAAGUCCAUGGUGGUGGCCGGGUCCAAGGGCUCCAAAAUCAAUAUCUCGCAGGUCAUUGCAGUGGUGGGGCAGCAGAAUGUGGAGGGUAAGCGCAUCCCGUUCGGCUUCAAGCACCGCACCCUGCCACACUUCAUCAAGGACGACUACGGGCCCGAGAGCAGGGGCUUCGUGGAGAACUCCUACCUGGCCGGCCUCACGCCCACAGAGUUCUUCUUCCACGCCAUGGGAGGCAGAGAGGGGCUGAUCGACACGGCUGUGAAAACCGCCGAGACAGGUUACAUCCAGCGCCGUCUGAUCAAAUCCAUGGAGUCUGUGAUGGUGAAGUAUGACGCCACGGUGCGGAACUCCAUCAACCAGGUGGUGCAGCUGCGCUACGGAGAGGACGGGCUGGCGGGGGAGGCUGUGGAGUUCCAGAACAUGGCAACCCUCAAGCCCUCCAACAAGGCCUUUGAGAAGAAAUUCAAAUUCGACUGCAGCAACGAGCGGGCUCUGCGGCGCACCCUGCAGGAGGACGUGGUGAAGGACGUGAUGACCAACGCGCACGUGCAGAGCGCCCUGGAGCACGAGUUCGAGAAGAUGAGGGAGGACCGCGAGAUCCUGCGCGCCAUCUUCCCCACCGGAGACAGCAAGGUGGUGCUGCCCUGUAACCUUGCCAGGAUGAUCUGGAACGCCCAGAAGAUCUUCCGCAUCAAUCCCCGCACUCCCACAGACCUCAACCCCCUGCGUGUCGUGGAAGGCGUGCAUGAGCUGAGCAAGAAGCUGGUGAUCGUGAACGGGGAUGACCCGCUGAGCCGGCAGGCGCAGGAGAACGCCACGCUCCUCUUCAACAUCCACCUGCGCUCUACCCUCUGCUCGCGCCGCAUGACCGAGGAGUUCCGCCUCAGCUCCGAGGCCUUCGAGUGGCUGCUGGGCGAGAUCGAGACCAAGUUCAACCAGUCCAUCGCACACCCUGGAGAGAUGGUGGGCGCCCUGGCCGCCCAGUCUCUGGGAGAGCCGGCCACCCAGAUGACCCUGAACACUUUCCACUACGCCGGUGUGUCCGCCAAGAACGUCACCCUGGGUGUGCCCCGACUUAAGGAGCUGAUCAACAUCUCCAAGCGGCCCAAGACCCCCUCGCUGACCGUCUUCCUGCUGGGCCAGGCGGCGCGUGACGCUGAGAGGGCCAAGGACAUCCUGUGCCGUCUGGAGCACACCACCUUGCGGAAGGUGACGGCCAACACGGCCAUCUACUACGACCCCAACCCGCAGAGCACGGUGGUGACGGAGGACCAGGAGUGGGUGAACGUGUACUACGAGAUGCCCGACUUCGACGUGACGCGCAUCUCUCCCUGGCUGCUCCGCAUCGAGCUGGACCGCAAGCACAUGACUGACCGCAAGCUGACCAUGGAGCAGAUCGCUGAGAAGAUCAACGCAGGUUUUGGAGAUGAUCUCAACUGCAUCUUCAACGACGACAACGCCGAGAAGCUCGUGCUGCGAAUUCGCAUCAUGAACAACGACGAGAACAAGUUCCAGGAGGACGAGGAGGUGGUGGACAAGAUGGACGACGACGUGUUCCUGCGCUGCAUCGAGUCCAACAUGCUGACGGACAUGACGCUGCAGGGGAUCGAGCAGAUCAGCAAGGUGUACAUGCACCUCCCUCAGACGGACAACAAGAAGAAGAUCAUUAUCACGGAGGACGGGGAGUUCAAAGCGCUGCAGGAGUGGAUCCUGGAGACGGACGGCGUCGGGCUCAUGAGGGUGCUGAGCGAGAAGGACGUGGACCCGGUCAGAACCACCUCCAACGACAUCGUGGAGAUCUUCACGGUUUUGGGCAUCGAAGCCGUGCGCAAGGCCCUGGAGAGGGAGCUGUACCAUGUCAUCUCCUUCGACGGCUCCUACGUCAACUACCGCCACCUGGCCCUGCUGUGCGACACCAUGACCUGCAGAGGCCACCUGAUGGCCAUCACCCGCCACGGCAUCAACCGGCAGGACACCGGGCCGCUCAUGAAGUGCUCCUUCGAGGAGACGGUGGACGUGCUGAUGGAGGCCUCGUCCCACGGGGAGAGCGACCCCAUGAAGGGCGUGUCCGAAAACAUCAUGCUGGGGCAGCUGGCCCCGGCCGGCACCGGCUGCUUCGAUUUGCUGCUGGACGCCGAGAAGUGCAAGUAUGGCAUGGAGGUGCCCACCAACAUCCCCGGGAUCAGCGUGGCAGGACCGACGGGCAUGUUUUUCGGCUCUGCGCCCAGCCCUAUGAGCGGAAUGUCUCCAGCCAUGACCCCCUGGAACACGGGAGCCACUCCCGCUUACGGCGCCUGGUCGCCCAGUGUGGGCAGUGGAAUGACCCCAGGAGCAGCAGGCUUCUCUCCCAGCGCGGCCUCAGACGCCAGCGGCUUCUCGCCCGGAUACUCCCCGGCCUGGUCACCCACGCCUGGCUCGCCCGGAUCCCCAGGCCCGGCCAGCCCCUACAUCCCCUCCCCAGGUGGUGCUAUGUCUCCCAACUACUCGCCCACCUCCCCUGCCUACGAGCCCCGUUCCCCUGGUGGCUACACGCCUCAGAGCCCGGGCUGCUCGCCCACAUCGCCCUCCUACUCGCCCACAUCUCCAUCUUAUUCUCCCACCAGCCCCAACUACAGCCCAACCUCUCCCUCGUAUUCUCCCACCUCACCCAGCUACUCGCCCACCUCACCCUCAUAUUCGCCGACAUCUCCAAGCUACUCUCCUACUUCGCCCUCCUAUUCCCCGACUUCGCCCUCGUACUCCCCCACCUCUCCCUCUUACUCCCCCACCUCUCCUAGCUACAGCCCCACUUCCCCUAGUUACAGCCCCACGUCGCCAAGCUACAGCCCCACAUCACCGUCAUAUUCCCCUACGUCACCCUCAUACUCGCCCACCUCUCCGUCCUACUCUCCGACAUCACCCAGUUACUCCCCCACCUCUCCCUCAUACUCCCCAACCUCUCCCAGCUACAGCCCCACCUCCCCCAACUAUACACCCACCUCACCCUCUUACUCUCCCACAUCACCUUCUUACUCCCCAACGUCACCCUCCUACUCCCCAACCUCACCCAACUACACCCCUACCAGCCCCAACUACUCCCCCACCUCUCCCUCGUACUCCCCCACCUCGCCAUCCUACUCCCCAUCCAGUCCUCGCUACACCCCUCAGUCGCCCACCUACACACCCAGCUCGCCCUCUUACAGCCCGAGCUCACCCUCCUACUCCCCCACCUCGCCCAAGUACACGCCCACGUCCCCCUCCUACAGCCCCAGCUCCCCGGAGUACACGCCCACGUCCCCGAAAUACUCCCCCACCUCUCCGAAGUACUCUCCGACGUCCCCCAAGUACAGCCCCACCUCGCCCACCUACUCCCCGACCACCCCGAAGUACUCUCCGACCUCGCCCACCUACUCUCCCACCUCGCCCACCUACACACCCACUUCGCCCAAGUACUCGCCCACCUCUCCCACGUACUCGCCCACCUCCCCCAAGUACUCGCCCACCUCGCCCACCUACUCGCCCACCAGCCCCAAGGGCUCCACCUACAGCCCCACCUCCCCAGGUUACAGCCCUACCUCCCCCACCUACAGCCUCACCAGCCCCGCCAUCAGCCCGGACGACAGCGACGAGGAGAACAACUGAGCGCGCUUGGGGGGAAAGGACUGAUGCGGCUCCUUCCGGCCCGCCCGCUCGCCUCCCCCUCUCCCCGGGGCACGCAACGGAAGGACCACCCCUCUCUGGCCGUGCGGCGGGGAGGAGGCAGAGGAACUCGGGGGUCCCACGUGUGAAUUUCCGGACUUUGCGCCUAGCCUCUCUCGUUUUCGGGGGCUCUCCAUAUUUACUAAUGUAUUUGAUAGACUUGAACUAUUGGCCUGAAAAGGCUGCCUUUUGGAUAGACAUUUUGUUGUGGUGUUGGGUGUUACCAUGGUGGGUAAUGCUUCCCUUCCUUUUUUUCAAAAGGAGGAAAGGAGGGACCUCUUGGAGUGAAUACUUUGAAACAUUUUCCCCCCACCUUACCCCUCUCUGUGUCUCUCUCUCUCUCAAAUUCACAGCUAGCAGAAAUAUAGAAGUGCAGUAUUGCAAAAAGUCUUUAGAAACUGAAGUAUUUUUAAUCCCAGAUAUUUAAAAAAAAAAAAAAGACUAGCCUGAAAUAGAAAUCACUUUAGAACAGUAGAGUGAGAGACGCUGACUUUUUGCAUAUUUUCUGAAAUGUCUUUUCCUGGAAUAUCUGUUUUCUGUAAGAUUUUACAGGUGGCUUACCAGGUACUGGGAAUGGAAGGUAAACUAACGUAUGAGUUUCUAGACCUGGUUUAAGAAGGCUAGACUUAACGAUACAGUCAGUCCCGAAGUGCAGUGUUCUUUGUUGGAGGGACUAAAAUGGAUUUUCUUUCGGCAGUUGAGAUGAACUCUGCACAGAAAAUGGCUCAAAGAAAAAAAAAAAUGGAAUGUCGUAAUAGAAUUAUUACGAUUCUCUGUACUGCUUUUUUCAGUGCGUGACGUAUGCAAUACUAGUGUAGCUAAAGGUUUAUGCCACUGGUUUUAGGUGCCUGUGUCGGCAAAUGGUGUAGAGGCAUGGGAGGUUGGGUGGGGAAGAUGGUGUAAGGAAGCGAUGCCUUUUUCCUGUGGUUGGGAAAUGUUGUUGGGGGUUGGGGGGGCUUGUUUCAACCCCCACCACCCUCCACAACAGUUCUCCCUCCCCAAAGAUACAAACCUGACCCCUGCCAGCAUCUAGCUGCCAGUCUCAGUUUGGGCAGUUGUACAACAAUGACGAAACGAUUGCCAGAAAUCACACUUCCUGUACACAAGGAAGCAGAACGUUUAAUGAAAUAAUGAUUUUUUUUUGUCUUUGUUUUUGGUUGAGCUAAAAAUGGGGGAGUAGGUGAAAGGGGGUUUAGUUGGUGCUUUGGUCAUUGUUUGCAUGAGUAGCACCUGUUAAUACGUUUUAAUCAAGUUUUAGGUUUAAAUCUUCUUUAAAACCACCCCCCACACACACCUUUUCAAUAUUUCUUCGAUAUCUAACUAGCCUGUGUAUAAAUACUUUGUUUCUCUUUUUUGGAGUUCAGUUUAUUUAAGGAAAGAGAAACUGUUCUCUGUGUGAAUAAUUAAGGAAAUUUUACAAAUGUUGAGGUUAAAUGAUUUUUUUUUUUGUGC